AUGAAUGACGUGUCUCGUGACUUUCUGCUCAUCUCAGUGAUUGGUUGCAAACAGCAAGAAACGAAGAGAAGACGAGAGAAACGAAGCGCUAGAGGGAUGAGAAAGAGUGUUUGCUUGCUUUUCCGUGGGAACACUACAGCACAUGACGUCACAGUCGGUUUUCGAUUACGUGUAUCUUCACAUGGUGUACGUGGUCAGUGGAAUGGAGUAGAUACAAUCAACAGGUUAUUAAUGGGUCAGAUGUGA